AUGGGCAAGACGACCGUGGCCGCCGCCCUCAAGGCCUCGGGUGCUGCGGUCUACGACGCCGAUGCGGCGGUCCACCGGCUGCUCGCGCCGGACGGGGCCGCGGUGGCGCCGGUGCUCGCACGCUUUCCCGCGGCCGCAUCGGGCAAGGGUGCGUCGCGCGCGGUCGACCGAGGGGCGCUCGGCGCCCACGUCUUCGCGGACCCGGCGGCGUUGGCCGAGCUGGAGGCGAUCCUGCAUCCUCUCGUUCGCGCAGGCGAGCGGCGCUUCCUCGCGGCCAGCCAGCGCCGGGGCUGCCGUCUCGCGGUGCUGGACGUGCCCCUGCUCUUCGAGACCGGCGGCGAAGCCCGCUGCGAUGCCACCCUGGUCGUGUCAGCCCCCGCCGUCGUGCAGCGCGCACGGGUGCUGGGCCGGGCACGCAUGACCGAAGAACGCCUGGCCGCCAUCCUCGCCCGCCAGAUGCCGGAUGGGGAGAAAGCGCCGGCGCGCGGACUUCGUGAUCCGAACCGGGCUCGACAGGCGGGUCUCGCGGGGAUGCUCAUGCGUGAGGUCGUGCUCGAUACCGAGACCACCGGCCUGGAGCCGUCGGCGGGCCACAGGAUCGUCGAAGUCGGCGCCGUCGAGCUGGUGAACCACAUCCCGUCCGGCCGGCGCUUCCAGCGCUAUCUCGACCCUGAGCGCGACAUGCCGGAGGGCGCCGAGCGCGUGCACGGGCUCACCCGCGACUUUCUCGCAAAGCAUCGGCGCUUUGCCGAGGAGGCAGACGCGAUCCUCGAAUUCAUCGGCGACGCGAAGCUCGUCAUGCACAAUGCCCCCUUCGAUCUCGGCUUCCUCAAUGCCGAGCUGGAACGCAUCGGCAAGGCUCCUAUCCCGCCGGAACGGACCGUGGACACGCUGGUCAUCGCGCGCCGCAAGUUUCCCGGUGCGCCGGCGAGCCUGGAUGCGCUCUGCAAGCGCUUCGGCAUCGACCGCUCCCAGCGGGAGAAGCACGGCGCCUUGCUGGACGCCGAGUUGCUGACCGACGUCUAUCUCGAACUCACCGGCGGCCGUCAGCCAGCGCUCGGGCUGCAGCAGGCGGUGCGACCGCUCAACGCCGGGCGGGCGCCGCGCGCGGCCCGUGUCCGCCCGCCGCGCCCGCACGCGCCCACUGAGGCGGAGGCGCGAGGCGCACGCCGCUUUCGUCGCGACCCUGAAGAACCCGAUCUGGAACGCCUGAGCGGCAGGCAGACGAGCCCGUCAACCGACCCGGGCCAUGACGCCGCCGUCCACCGGGAGUGCCACGCCGGUGAUGAAGCGGGCGGCGUCGGAGGCGAGAAAGAGCGAGGCCUGGGCGACGUCCCAGGCGCUGCCCAUGCCGCCCCUGAGCGGGGUCCAGGUGUCGCGGGUGGCGGCGAUCUCCUCGCGCGGGCGGCCGUAGCGGCGGGCUUGCGUGUCCACCGCCAUGGGCGUGUCCAUGUAGCCCGGCAGGAUGGCGUUCACGCGCACGCCGUCGGGCGCACAGUCGAGCGCGAGCUGGCGGGAAAAGGCGAUCAUCCCUGCCUUGCUCGUCUUGUAGGUCACGGACUUGUAGUCGACCACCGCCGCGAUCGACGAGAUAUUUGGUGA